AAUGAGGAAAGCCGAGACGAACCCCCCCUCAAAAAAAAAAAUAAGAGCGACAUGUCGUUUUCCUCAUCAUUCAAUGACAGGUAAGACGCUGCUAGGCGAGAUAUGCAGACAACUCAUGUACGGUUGAUAGCGUGCUUCGUACAUCGUUCUACCUUACGAUCAAAAGAUCCUCCUCCUAUUUCUGCCCUUCUACUACAGUUCUGCAUCUUAUUCAACAUUUUAGGUUUUUUUUUUUAUCUCUCUCCGAUUGCUGUUCAAUUUGCAAAUAGCCAUGCCUCGGUAUUAUUGUGACUAUUGUGACACUUAUUUGACUCAUGAUUCUCCAUCUGUUAGAAAACAACACAAUGCAGGUUAUAAGCACAAGGCAAAUGUGAGAGCCUACUAUCAACAGUUUGAGGAGCAACAAACCCAGAGUUUAAUUGACCAAAGAAUAAAGGAACAUCUUGGCCAAGCGGCAGCAUAUCAGCAGGUUGGAGCUGCAUACAAUCAGCAUUUACUAGCACAGAGGCCCCGUCUUCCAGUUCUACCAACACCAGUAAUGCCCAUUGCAGGGAAUCCGCAGUUAACUGCAAAUACAUCACUAGUCCCUGGAAUUAGGCCUCCUGUUCUGCCAAGACCUGUGCCUGGUGCACCAGGUUAUGUGUCUGCUCCAGCCAUGCCACAAAUGGUGGCACCGCCUGGUGCUCCUUCCAUACCUGGUCAUGUAAGUGGUCCAAGGUUUCCCAUGGGGAUUCCCCCAACAACUGCUCCUGGGAGUAUGCCAGCACCCACUGCUUCUAGCGGUGCCCCUUCCAUGGUUCCACCUACGUAUCAAGCAAAUCCUGCGGCACCCACAAGUGGAAGCUUAGACAGCUUCAGUAAUGCUCCGGCUUCUGAGGCUAAUCAUUAGUCUGAUAAAUUGGUUAAUGAAAUCUGAAAGAACUCAAGACUUUGUAAGUGUAUGUAACUAGAUUCCACCGAUGAAGUAUUUUAUUUGAACUUGACAAAACUGAUUAGAAGUAAAAUUUUUAUGCAACUAUAUUUUAGAUUAGAAGUCUCCAUGUUUUAUAUAUUUUUAAUGGUUUUAGUGUGGCUUCUAUGACGUGUUCCUGUUACAGGCAAGAGAAGAAACAAAAAUGCCACCUCUAAUCUACACUGUGAUGCCUAUUUAAAUCUGAUGGUUUUGUACCAUCUUUUUUGUAAACAUUAGUUAUUGUUUGUAAAAUGAUGAACUAGAUUCAGCUUAAAGAAGCCGCAUUUUCUGUGAAUUGAAAUUUUAUAUGAUUUGCUCA